ACUCGCAGCGUAUCGAAUGAUACACAAAGCAGCUCAAACUCAAGCCGGGAUUGUUUUUAUGAGCAGAGUCGUGCAACAGCGAAGAGAACAGCGGUAAUCGGUGUGCAGGUGGCUAUGGCAGAGGAUGCCCGCAGAAGCCCGGCUGCUCAAAUCUCAGUCACCAGAAACGGAGAAGCAGACAAGAGUCACGAGGACGUGUUUCAGAGGGAUAUGUCACAUGUCUCCUCUGGACCAGUCACAUCGCACUUCCACAAUUCACCUGAAAACUAUGCAAUGACUGAAGGAGUGGUACAAGUUGGGCCUGAUGCAGGUGCUUUGAGAGAGCAGCAGAUGGGAGGUGCAGUGGUUCUUGCUGAUGAUAUAAAGAGUCCUGCUAUAGAGAAACUGGAGCUGGUGAGGAAGUGGAGCAUCAACACUUACAAAUGCACAAAGCAGAUUUUGUCAGAAAAGUUAGGCCGUGGCUCCCGCACAGUUGAUCUGGAGCUGGAGGCUCAGAUCGAUGUUCUUCGGGACAACAAGCGCAAAUAUGAGCAUGUGAUCAAACUGGCGCAGACUCUGUGCACUCAGCUGGAGCAGAUGCUGAUGACACAGAGGCAGCUCGGGGAUGCGUUUGCUGACCUUAGUCUCAAGACGCCCGCGCUACAUGAGGAAUUUGGCUACAAUGCAGAAACCCAAAAACUCCUGGCAAAGAAUGGAGAAACUCUGUUAGGAGCGAUCAGCUUCUUUAUUGCCAAUGUUAAAACUCUAGUGGAUAAAACUAUAGAGGACACCUUGAUCAACAUUAAGCAAUAUGAAGCCGCAAGGAUUGAGUAUGAUGCGUAUCGCACAGAUUUAGAGGAGCUCAAUCUGGGUCCACGGGACGCAAACACACUCCCCAAGAUCGAACUCUCCCAGCAACAGUUCCAGAUCCACCGUGAAAAAUAUGAGAAAAUGCGCAAUGACGUCUCGGUCAAACUCAAGUUUCUAGAGGAAAACAAGGUGAAGGUUUUACACAACCAGCUGAUUCUCUUCCAUAACGCCAUCGCAGCAUACUUCGCAGGCAACCAACAGCAGCUGGAACAGACCCUUAAACAGUUCCACAUCAAGCUAAAGUUACCAGGGGGAGAAACCCCGUCCUGGCUCGAGGAGCACUGAUUGAGUCAGACGGUUUGAUCCACAGCACACAUUUAAAGGGAUAGCUCACCCCUAAAAAAAAAACACACAUUCUCUCAUGUACUCAUCCUCCACUUGAUUCAAACAUGUUUGACUUUCUGUCUUCUGUUGAAAAUAAAAGUAAGACAUAUUUAGGGAUGUUGGAAAAAAACAGCCAUUCUCUUCCAGGGUAUAUUUUUGAUUCCUACCAAUAUUCUUCUGAAUAACUGAACUUUUUGUGUUCGGCAGAAGAAAUAAAUUCAUAAAGUUUUAAAACCACUUUAGUAUGAGGAAGUAAACAUUUGUCGGUGAACUAUCCCUUUAAAAAAUGCACUCCAUGAGGAAACCAAAUCCAAAAAAAAAAAAAAAAA